GUUGGGGCGCAGGCGCUUGGGGCCUCGCUGGUGGCGCGCGCUUCUGCGCCCAGUUGCGGGAACUGCUCCCCGCAUUUGGCGUGCCCUGCGCCGCCGGCCCUGGCUUGCCCUUCCUGCGUGUGCGCGGGCGCUGGCGGCCAGGUGGUGGAGCCCUCGUGCGCGGGCCUCGUGGCGGCCUACGCGGUGGCCGCCUGCACGGUCGGGCUCGCCGUCGGCGCUGUGGCAGGUGCGCCUUGCUCGCGCCAGAGCCCCAGCGCUGCAGUGAUGGCGGGGAGCUUCCACGCCAUACGCUACCGCGUCGGCGGUGUGGCCCUGUGGCACGAGCGUCUGGUACUCGGGGUCUCAGCGGGGUUCGCCUACGUCGUCACGCCCGACUUCGACGACUACGACGAGCCGAUCGUGGUUGGGCCCGACGUGCGGGCGGUGCUGCCGUUGGCUGGACAGGGCGACGCGCCUCCCGCGCUGGUCGGCGCCGCCGUGCAUCGCUUUCGGCGCCUGCCGUCCGCCGCGGAGCUGUGGGCCGCCGUGGGUCGCUCUGUGGCUGCGGGCAACCCCAUGCCACCAGAUCCUCUUCCUCUGGCUCUCUCGGCGGCCAAUGCGGCGGGCGCGCCUCCAGGACCCUUCCUUCUGGCCGACCCUGCUGCCGCGGCCGCGGCGCCGCCGGCGCCGCCUCUCGCACUUCCACCUGCGGCUGGUCCUGCUGCUCCCGUACCGCCUGGCGCCGUCCCAGGAGUCGCGGCGCUCGCCGCUGCGCUGGGACCCGUGCCACCUGGCCCUGCCGCGGCGCCGCCGCUGGCGCACGUGCCUGGAGCUGCUGCUGGCGGUCCUGCCGCGGUCGCUCCGCUCCCCGCGGCCGCUGGCGAUUUCAGGGUGCUGCCGAUGGCGAUCAACAUGCGGGGGGAGCGUGAGCGGAGGUUCGGCGAGACGGUGAACGGCCUCUCCGAGACCGAGGUGCAGGGCUGGCCAGUCCAGGGCCCACGGACGCUUCUCUGGUGCCUGUCCUUCAUGUCCACCAUGGCGGGAACUCCCACCGCGUGGCAUCAGCGCUGGCUCACGUCCAUGGCGUUGGCCGACGACGACGAGCACGCCAAGCUCCACGAGACCUUGUGUCGGGUCCUGGACCUCGCCGUGGUCUACGAUCAGCUGCAGGUGGCAGCGAUGGCGUCGUUCGAGAUCGACGCACGUCAGCUCCAGCUGCUGGAGGAGCGGGUGUACGAGAGUCGGUCGCUGCCCCAGACGGCCGCCGCUUCCAAGGCCAAUUCUGGAGCUAGGAGUGGUGCGACGGCCGCGGCCUCCAGCAUCCCCGAGACGAGCUACUUCCUCGGCGCGGGCGUCUCCAAGGCGAACCUGCGCAUCUCGCCGAGGCUGCUUGAGUACAUUGCAGAUCAGAUGCGGGCGGAGGCAGCCCUAGCAGAGUUGCUCGCGUCGGCGCCGGGGUACUCUGGUGAGUCUCGGGUAAGACCCUGCGACAAGGAGCUCGUCUCCUGGCCGAAGCACGUGGCCCCCGUUCCCACGGCCGAUCUCGUGUCCGACGCCGAUCGUUCAACGUUGUCAGGGUGGAGGCAACAAAUGCUACGUGACCCUGCGGAGACAGCCGCUCUCAGGAUGAACUCGGGCAUCGGGUCGCCAUACGUGGAUCCUCGCCUGCGGUUUCGCCCUCGGGAGUAUGCUGAUUUUUUGCUGCGCCUGGAUCAGGCGGGCGUGCUAGAGUGGGAAGUCGCCGAACGUCAGGCGGCGUACUCCACAGGUUUCUUCUUCGUCGAGAAGUCGAAUGGCGUCAACCUGCGGCUCGUUUUUGAUACGCGGGUGGCCAACAUGUCCUUCUCUGCCCCUCCCUCUACGAGAUUGCCGACUCCGUCGGCAUGGAGUGCCCUCGAGGCGUCGAAUGACUUCUACGUGGUGAUCAAUGGUGUCAAGAUCCCGACGAAGGCCUUUCUACAGCCGUUCGUGUCAGUGAUGCCGAUGGGUUGGUCGUGGGCUCUUCACUUCUGCCAGUCGGCUUUAACCGCGGCCAUUCGCGACGCGGGGAUCGAUGACGAUGCGAUGCUGGUGGACGGUGCAGCACCUCGUCCUCUGCGGAACGAUACCGACGUCAUCGCAGCGGGUUACGUGGGCAACUUCGCCACCGUGUCUCUCGAUCCAGAGGUUGCCACCGCUUCGUGCCAGGCCAUCCGCGACGUGCUGGUGGCGAGGGGCCUGCCCGUGGACGAGUUCGCCCCCGCGGCGCCUCGCGUCAUCUUCACAGGCCUCGACAUCCUGGGCGACGUGGGCGUCAUCAGGUGCAAGGUGGGCCGGUUGUGCAGGCUGCGCCAGGCCCUCCUCGGUCUACUCAGACGAGGCUAUGCGUCGCCGCUUGCGCUGUCCGCCGUGGUCGGUCAUUGCACCUGGGGGAUGAUCACCAACAGGCCCAUGCUGUCGAUCUUCCACGCAGUCUACCGCUUCAUGGGUCAGGACUCCCGUCGGGCUUUGCCGCUGUGGCCGUCAGUCGUCGCUGAGCUCCGCGCUGCUGCUUCCCUCAUCCCUUUGUGGUGGGCUGAUGUCAGGGCAGAGUGGGCGGCCGCCACUUUCUGCAGCGACGCCUCUCCCUACGGCAUUGGCGUCUGUCGCAAGACCGUUGAGCAGGACGUGGCUGCAGCCGCAGGGCGAUUGUCGGAGAGAUGGCGCUACCGCUUCUCCGAUGCCGUGCGCGCUCGUGCGCACGCUUUGGGAGUCGACCCGAAUGUUGUGUUGGAAGCGGCCGUGAGCAAAAACUGCCUCAAAGAUUGCGAGCAGUGCCCGAGGACCAAGACGCCGCCAAAGCCAGAACGGCUCGGGCAGGCAGCGCUCUCGGUCGUCGAGUCAGCCGCCGUGUCGGACACGACCAUGGUCAACGACUGGGGCGCGGUCAAGAAGUUCGAGGAGUGGAGCCGCCAGACGUUCCAGACCAUCACCACAGCGGCGGAGGUCGCUGUCAUCCUAGUUACCUACUUCGUGAACCUCUUUCUGGUCAGUUUCGACGAUGCUACGGGCCAAGUCGUGCUCGCCUCAGUGAAGCACUACCUGCGCCCGCCUAUGGCGGGCACGGCGCUGUCCACGGGUGCGGCUCGCGCCUUGACAGGCUGGCGGAAGCUCGCGCCCCCGCAGAUGCGACCCUCUCUUCCACGGGCGGCGAUGGCCUCCAUGGUGGGCGUCCUCGGUUCGUGGAAGCUCUUCGGCAUGGCAGUGUUCAUCAGGCUGAUGAUCGACACCUACCCGACGACCAACGCGGCCUAUCGCCUGUCAGCGGGCGGCGUUCUUCGACCAAGACCCGAUGCCACUCUCGGAGGCGGACGUCUGGCCUUGAUCGUCUACGGCGCCUGCUUCGAUCGCCCUGGGAAGACAGAGGAUCGGCAUGGGGGUGCGGCCGACGACUGCCUACCUCGUCGUCGCACCAGGGAGGAGGUCACGGACCCGAGCCUCGCCCGCCACACCAAGAGGGCUCGAGUGCUGCAGCAGAUUGCCACUUUAGACCAGAUCCUGAUCGGCCGUGGGCGCGGGGUGGACUCGCUGAUGGACGAUCUCAUGCUGCAGACCACCACCACGGGCGUCUUCUCUCUGCGACGGCCGCUUGCCGCGACGCCGACACCGCCAGCGGUCAGGUACCUGCCCGCCUUGGUGAUUGGCGGCGACGGCGGCGCGGCUCGCGCGCUGCAGCGCCUCGGCUUCGGCGUGCUGCACUUGAGCGUGAGACGCCAGCAGUCCCG